UGUUUCCUAAUCAGAUUCUGCCACGGAUGUGUUAUAAAAUGCAGUGAACAGGAGUUUGGCUCCAGUAGUUCAUACAUAGCUAUUGAAUGGGACCCUACAACACUACACCUCAGAUACCAGAGCUCACAAGAGAAAGUCUUCACUGAACACGAGAGUGUGGAGAGGAGCAGAAAGAUGCAAACAGAACCUAUUGACUUGUAUGAAUGUUUUAGAGCAUUUACUAAAGAAGAAGAGCUUGGAGAAGAUGAGUUAUGGUAUGGUUUUAACUCCUUUGUGAACCUUUUCUCUCUCUCUGUAAGACCUAAGUGGUGGCGUGCCUGCACCAUAUUUCUUGUUCAUCCUUUUUUCUCUGCUGAAUUGGUCCUUUGAAGAACUUGGGGUGGGAUCAAACGUGAGGGGCAAACACACCAUUUACAUACAAAUUUAUUGAGGUCUUCACCCAAUCAAUUAAAAUGAACAAAUUAUACUAGNAGUGAACAGGAGUUUGGCUCCAGUAGUUCAUACAUAGCUAUUGAAUGGGACCCUACAACACUACACCUCAGAUACCAGAGCUCACAAGAGAAAGUCUUCACUGAACACGAGAGUGUGGAGAGGAGCAGAAAGAUGCAAACAGAACCUAUUGACUUGUAUGAAUGUUUUAGAGCAUUUACUAAAGAAGAAGAGCUUGGAGAAGAUGAGUUAUGGUAUGGUUUUAACUCCUUUGUGAACCUUUUCUCUCUCUCUGUAAGACCUAAGUGGUGGCGUGCCUGCACCAUAUUUCUUGUUCAUCCUUUUUUCUCUGCUGAAUUGGUCCUUUGAAGAACUUGGGGUGGGAUCAAACGUGAGGGGCAAACACACCAUUUACAUACAAAUUUAUUGAGGUCUUCACCCAAUCAAUUAAAAUGAACAAAUUAUACUAGAGCUCAGCCUUUCAUUCCUUACUUCAAUAUUAUCAUGGGAAUUUGUGAUAUAGUUCUUAAUUGUGAGUCUGUGGAUGAAAUCCUAUGGUGUUACCAUUUAAUUUUAACCUCUCUAAAAGUACAUUCACAUGGUACUAUGUACCAUGUAGUUCUAACUUUUGAGUCUGUGGAUCAAAUCCUAUGGUGUUACCAUUCAAAUGAAACAAUAGUACUUUCACAUAGUAUUUUGUUUUCAGCAUAAUUAUUAUAAAACUGAAACGUGGGAAAUUAAUCAGAUUUUUAUGUUGGCCUCAUUAGGGCGGAUGAGUUAAAUGUGGCAGGUAAAAUGUAUGUAGUAAAAGGUUGAUAUUUAUUUCAUUCACAUUCUUCUUUCUAAGGUACUGCAACAGAUGCAAGAAGCACAGACUAGCGGUGAAAAAGCUGGACAUAUGGAGUCUACCACCCAUCUUAGUGAGUAACAGUUUUUUGCUGAUAAAGCACACAGUAAAUAUCCUGCGAAAAAGCCGUUAUCUGGAA